AUGUCAGCAUCUACCACUGAAAAGAAGAGCGUUAAUGAUUACAUCAAUAACAAUAAGAAUGAAGACGAUGAUUUAGCGAUGCACCUUCCUCGAGAGAUUCUCAAUAAAAUUUUUUCUUUUAUACCCGAUGAUAUACGAACCUUACGAUCCGCACUUCUUGUCAAUCGUGAGUGGUGCCGCUGUGUAGUGCCACUAUUGUGGAAGAAACCAUUCACCGUCAAACCACAACCACCAUGCACGUCAUUAAAACGACGAAAUAUUAUCGGCGUGUAUUGUUUAUAUCUGGAUGACGAAACCAAGGAAAAACUCGGCAUUGAUCCGCGAAAUUUCAAAAAUUACACCAAAUCCCCCUUAUUUGACUAUCCAUCUUUUCUUCGGGAAUUGGAUUUCAUCAAAGUGUAUAAUUUCAUUUCAAAGUGGUCAGAAAAUACUUAUAUUAGACUAGCCCAGGAUGUUCUGGAUGCAUAUGGUCAAACUCAAGAUGGUAUAUUAGAUAGGUAUAAGGAAAAUGUUGAUCGAGUGGAAUCCGGUUGGGAUGAAGAAAAUGAUAAUGAUUGGAAUUGGAAAAUCAAUGAUGAAAAUGAACUUCCAACAAUUACCCAAUUUAUUAGUAUUCCUAAUUAUUUCAACGAUGAUUGUGAUAAUUACGAUGUUGAUAACGAGAUGCCAUCUAGUGAUCAAGACCUUUCAGACCUUUCAGAUCUUUCAGAUCUUUCAUAUGAUGAUGAUAAUGAAUUCAUUGGAUCAAGUGACGAAUAUGAAGCAUAUGGAUAUGAUGAAGAUAGCGAGUUUGGUGAAGAAGGCGAAAGAAAUUUAUUGCAAUUCACCGUGGAAUUAUUCAAAGUUUUUUUUGGUCAUUCACCUCGCUUCGAUACUAUUUGCUUUGAUAUCAGUAAUCUCACGCGCGUUCAACCGAACAUUGUUGCUGAAUAUCUCAAUCAAAUACCAAAUCUGGCUGGGGCAGAUAAAUCUUUACAACCGUUAUCGGAGCUUCGCUAUGUUGGUAAUCAAUAUUCUGUUGAUACCAUGGCAAAGCUGGUUAAUAUCUGCAAGAAUCUAAGAUCUAUUGAAAUCAUCGAGUGGAAUAAUAGUGAUACUACAAAUCAAGUUGCUGCGCUUAUUAAAAAUCAAAAAUCCCUCGAAAAAUUAAAUUAUCGAGGUAACUGUGACAAUCUAUCCGCAGUUAUCCUUGCACUAAGGAGUCAAAAAAAUUCUUUGGAGGAGCUCGAGCUUAUCAACGGUUAUUUUAAUUAUGUAGAUACUGUUGAGGCGAUUGCAAGCUUGAGUAAUUUAAAAACGCUAAAAAUAAGAAAUUGCAAUCUAAGCGCCGCUAUAAUGCAUCCCCUCACAAAAGCUAAGUUCCCAAAGCUUACAACCUUUCAUUAUGUAGAUAAUCAAUAUGAUUGGGACGACUUGAUAAAUGGUGAGGAUAUUCCACCUGUCAGUGAACUCAAAGUUCUACUCGCAAAUAUUGGAAAUCAACUCCAAGACAUCCUCUUGGACAUUCAUGAAUUCUUUUACCUCGGCACGAUUAAGAUUCUAGCCAAUCACAGUCCAAAUCUUAUCUCAUUUUCGGCCAAUAUUCAGAUGGAUCAAUUACUUGAAGAAUUCCUGGAAUUCCUUACUUUGCUGGCUGCAUCAAAAAAGUUAGAAGGGAUUGUCAUCCCUGCCAACUCGUGGAAUCGAUUACUUAACACAGAUCAUUCCAUGCAGCGAGUCGGUCAAGCGAUUCCAGCUUCGGUGCGCCAUCUAGAUUUGACGCGAUGGACAUUUGGGCCGAAAGCGCUUGAAGCUUUCCUCGAAGAAUCUAAAGCAAAAUUAGAGUAUUUUGCUUGGCAUUGUCCUGCUGAGUCGGGUCACGCAAGUGUUGCAGUAAUCGAGAAGUACGCGAAAAAACACCAGCUACAAUAUAAUGAACCCCGCAUUUGCCUUGCUGGCAACUCAUGCAAAUUGCGCGUUGAAUUUAGGAAGAAUAAUUAA